GAAGAGGAUUAUAACACACAGACAAAGAGAGCGCUCUUGUCGACAGCCCCAAUGUACUCACAGCAAAGGGAAGUAUUUUCAAGAGAAGAUCACGAGGUCUGCAGGCAAAGACAAUGGGCAUCCCUAGGUGCUUGGUUUUUGGGGCCCAAAGCAGAAAAUGGAGAGGUUUUUCGGGAAUUGCUGACGAAAGCUGUCGAUUCUCAUAUCGGAUUCCGUCACAGGUACUCAGUUCAAAGUAUUAUGGCAGGGGGUCACAUCUAAGGCGGUCAGGAUGCUUUCCUCCCAACUAAAUCGGGCUAUAGCAAGUCCUACUUCUUUUUUAUUUAUUUUUAUUUUUAAUUUAUUUGUAUCGUUACUUUAUUUAUUUAUCUAGUUUUUGCCGAAACCGUUGUCAGUUUUUUGUAACACAGGUUUUUGGAACGUAGGAUAUUAAAGAAAUUUGCCUUUUUAACGCCGUUAAUUGUUUUAUACACAUCAGUGAACGCAGUCAGUGUCAGAAUAUAGACCAAUUUCGAUACAUUAAAAUUCACGAUCGGCUCCGAGGUCUAACGGGUUAAAACAAAAGAAAUCGCCUGGAGGUUCAGGGAUGAAUAAUACUUUUCUUUUUUUAUUCCACGAAGCCUCGCAGCUACGUAUGAAUUAAGUAAUAUAUCGUAAUUGGUCUAUUAGCCUUGUAUUCGUCAAAAAAAGCAAGGACAGUCCUAAAAAUAGUGCCAAUUAUAAUUUGCUCAAAAUAUUUUUCCUUUUCUGAUUGGCUUAAAUCUGCCGGUUAAUUCUUUAUAACUAGCUAAGGCUGGUCAAAUAGGGCAUUUCAGAGUUUUGCCAAGCACUUUUCAAAAAUACGGCAAGUGCAAAGGUUUUCAUGUAAAAAUAAUUGUUUAUUUUAUAUAAAAAAAAACCCAGCAACAACAACUCAUUUUAAUAUAACCAUUCAUAUCCUGCUCAUCCUCAACCAAUAAUUGUUCAUUUCAUUUAACAGUUACUUUCCCUGUGAUCCUCCUUAUGUAACAGACGAGCUUCGGGAGGCAGGUUCCUUCAACUAUGCCAUGGAGAAAUUGAAAUCUGAGAUGGACAAAUUGCAAAUAGAAUUGAAAAAUUCUGUUCCAUUCUUUAGUUCCAGAUACAAGGUAUAGAUUUUAAGUAUAUUGCUAUUUUGCCUAGUACUCUUUCCAGAUUAAAUUUUCCUCUUUCCUGAAAAGUAAGUCAGCCACAAUUCCAAAGAAAAGAAAGACAAUAUGGUGGGCAUAAUACGCCUUUAGUGUUGCAAAACUCAUUUCUAGUCAUUUCCCUGCUAAUUGGCGGAAAACCGGUCAGAACGGAGGAUUUGGUUAAAAAUGCGUUUUUUUUCCGCUACAGACUGACGGUCACCAAAGGGUUAAUGGUUGCACGUCUGCAUUAAAUGUUCCAAAAGCUUCCACUAAAACCUCAUGGGAACAACGCGUAUUUUCUUUGCCUCAGGGUCACGUUCUUUGGGACACAGCAAUGCCAGCUAACCUUGGCUACAUGUCUGCAAUGUUAUACAACCAAAACAACUGCGCGUCAGAGGCCUCCACUGUCACAAGUAAAUAUGAAAUGGAAGUGGGCAAGGACUUGUGUGUCAUGCUGGGGUAUGAAAGGGACAAAUGUAUGGGACAUCUUACAGCUGGUGGUUCUGUCGCUAACAUUGAGGCAGUUUGGGCGGCGAGAAAUAUAAAGUACUUUCCACUGGGACUGCAAGAAGCUUUGUUUAAGGAAGAUAGACUUUUUGGUGCCAAAGGUUAUAAGGUAAGUUGUGCUGCCAUAGCAUUCUAGUUUAGAAAGCAACUUUCUUUGACAAACUGAGUCGAAGGUUUUUUAAAUUCUAAGUAAAUAAGGUCAGUUUCAAAGCCUUUAUCUGGAGCUUGACCAAUAUCCUGCAUUACUUGAAGGAGUUGAGUCGUACAAGAUUUUCGCGACAGGAAACCAUGUUGUAGAGGGAACAAACAGUCCCUGAUGAAUGGAACGAGACGUGAGGUAACGCAGUGCUCUUGGAUCUUAGGUACCUUUGAUAACAAGGAAAUAGGACGAUAGUUGUCCACUUGGUUUUAAUCAUUCUCUUUAUUAACAGGAGCGAGGUUAGCACAUUUUCAUUGAGUGGUGUGCAACCCACUACGCAAGCCAAAUUAAUAAAAACGACAUUGGGAAGUUUUUCAGGACCAGUAGCCUUGUUAACCUUCGGCGUUUUUAAUAGUUUAGAGACUUCAUCAACAGUAACUUGAAUUAGAUCGAGAAACAGUGUCCGCUGUUCUCGCGAGAAGAGUAACAGUAAGGUAUGCCACAUCUCCAUGCUCUUCCAAGUUUUGCGGUCCUGCACCAAAGCACGAAUUUCUUGACGAACAGGGGGUUUUCAGGAUUGAUUAGCUUUGCAGCAUACUUGUGAAAUAGAAUUUACAUCCACCAGGUCUUGGUUUGACGUGUACACAGUGUUUGUGUCGUAACCAGUCAUUAAGUGUUUACUAUUGUCUAAGUGUUUUCUAAGUUCAUUUUACUCUGUUUAGGUUUUUUUCCCUCAGAGAGGAAAAGAAAGAGAAUUAGUCAGCGGGUCACAGUGGGAACUUCUUAACCUCGAUGUCGACACUAUUUUAAAAAUGCCCUCUGAUGUACAACUUUUAACAAGCCUCGGACAUCAAGAAUUUACGGAAAUUAUGUCAGAGUAUCUUUAUGAGUUCAUUGGAGCGCAGGAGUUUGUACGGCGACAUAUGCUAACGCAAAGUCCGUGCAUUUUUGUUCCAAGCACAUUGCAUAGUUCCUUAACGAAAGCAGCCACCAUCCUCGGACUUGGUCGAAAGAGCCUUGUCUCUGUAGCAGUUGAUGAAAACUCACGGAUGGAUCCUACUGGUUGGUAAAGUUUUUAUGGGGUUACCUUCAUGAAACCCCGAACAAGUUUCUGCUGUUUCUAUCUAUUAUAGACAUUUGCAGAUUUACAUUCUCUCCUUGCAGUGGAACAUAGUAACCUAACUUUGUUUUGGCAUAAAAAAUAAUACAACACUAGCUUUUGUACUGACGUUAUCGAUGUGCUGGAAUUGAUUACUCGCUUGACGGGUUACUGUGUCUUCCUUACGCUUCUUUAUGCUUGGUUUUCUCGUAAAGUCAUUCAUUAUAUUUUAAAAAAAGGAAAGAAAGAAAAAAAACACGAGCACAGGACAAACAACAGGAUGUAUUUAAUUAACAUUAACAGCCCGAGUAAUUAAUAGUCCAUUUCCGAGUUCCAAAAAAACCUCACUUUCAAAAUGAGGUCUAGUGAGAAACCUUUCUUGUGAAAAUGAGUUUUAUUUGCCUGAGAAUAACUAAUCAUUUUCAUAUCAAUGGCUUUGCAAUUACCCCCGCUUUAAAACAGAGGACUGCUUUUGAGGCAAUUCGGAAAUGCCCUAUUUACUGAUUCAGUUGGUCAUAUGUGUGUUAUUUGUGCGGUUUAUUGAGAUGAGCAUGGGUUGUUGGUCAUUGAAUCGAAGACCAUUAACAUUUUUGUACCAACAUUUAAUUUAGAUUUGAACCGCAAACUAAAAGAAAAGUUGGAUAAGGAAAUUCCAGUCAUUACAGUAGUAGCUAUCACAGGAACAACAGAGCAAAGCGCCGUGGAUCCAGUGAAUACAAUUGUCCAUUUGCGCGGAAAGUUUAGAACCAAGGUAAGAAUAACGUAAACUUAUGACUUCAUUUCUGAAAUUGUCGCCACUGUCUUCAUCGAUCAUCCUCAUCAUGAUCGUUCCCAUCUUCGUCGUAUCAUGAAUCAUCUUCGACAUUAUCAAUAGGGAGUUGAAGCAAAACUCUAUGGCGGGCUCUACUACAGCAAAUAAUUUUGCGAAUGGCAGGCGUUCAAGUGCAGUCGUAACGGCAUAUCCUUCUUCGUCUAAAGCAGUGAUUUGGUGCAUUAUCUAACACGUGAGUUUUAAAUCGCUUGUUUGUCCUUUCUAACGAACGUCUUAGUUUUUUGUUUUCUAUUCAUAAAUAUUUUACAUACAAUUUUUGUUCUAAAGGCAAAAAAGUUUUGGGAUCAGAAUCAACUAUUUUGAGGUUAAGCUGAUAGUUAAUUUUCUUUUGGUGAGGAUGGAAGAUAAUAAAGUUCGAGUUUUUAACGUGUAGCGUUAGCUUAUAGGCUGUUAACCAUUCAUAAACUUUCUGGAGUUCCAGGUUCACAACAAGCUCCAGGGUUCGAAGAUUUUUAUCAGCACAUAAUAGAUUUGUGUCAUCAGCAAACAAGUAGAAUUCUAAUUUAUCAGAUGACUUGUGGAUAUCGUUGACAUAUAAUAAAAACAGUAAAGGUCCUAGAACAGAGCCUUGUGGGACGUCACAAGUCAUCGGUUGCUUGUUGGAGAUAUCACGUUCAAUUUGAGUUGACUGAACCGGUCAGAAAGAUAAGAACGGUUUAGUUUUAUUUGUGAAGACAUAAAAUGGAUCUACUCUAAAACAGCUGCAUCUGCAAGACAAAAAAAAGACAUUUUUACCACUGUUGCAGUUUCUAAACCACAUAUCACAAGUUUUCUUUGAGUCUUAUUAGAUAUUCGAAAUGGUUCUUGGGAAACUGAUGUCACGCCAUCGCUUAGAGAGGCAAAUUUUGAUGGUGAGAGAGUUCCUUUCAAGCUCAAUGUCGAGCAAUAAGAACACCAAAAACAAUAUCAACUUUCUACGCCAUAUUGAAGCAGAGUAACUGUAGUUUCACUAGUGAAAGGCGAUUCUCAUAACACAAAUUAGUUGUUCGGAUUUUCACAAGAACCCAGGAAUUGUCAAGAACUAUUAACUAAAAUGCUGAGAUGUUUUGUUCUAUAUGCUCUAUGAAACCAAAAUUUGGCUGGAGUAAACUUUCAAUCACUUUUAAUUAAAUCAGACACUUUACUUUAUCAGUAGACAGCAAUUCCGCUCAUUUUAAAACCUUCAAAACUCGACGCGUUACAAACAGUAUUUCGGAAACUGAAUUCCGACCUCAAAGCAUGCAUCCGACAUGAAAUAUAUCACGGAACACCAGUAGAAUGGUACUAAAUUUUGACAGCAUGUACUGUACAUGUGCAACUGUUACUCAAUCAAUGCAAUUCCCAUAUCACAAAGGAACACAAAAGUGUCAGGGGUCUGAAGCCAAAUUUUAUUUUUUGGGUGAAACGAAACUUAACUUUGUAGAUCCCAACCUCCACCUUGCUUUAAAAUGAAACGGAUAAUAACGCAAAAAUAACAACUGUACCCAGAAUAUGAAAAAUAACUUCAUUGCAGUGCUGGAGUCUAAUUUAAUGAAGACAUGAUGGAAACACAACUGAUCACGAUUUGUUGUUUAUCGACACUUUGAAAUUGUAAAUGAGAACAACAGGGUUUCCUCGUUUUCGCGAGCGCUAGGAACUAGUAAUCUGUUGAAUUUACCACAAUAGACAUGUUCGCAGCGCAAGCGUAGACAUUUUUCGCCAGUGAAGCUAUUACUUGGCGAGCUGCGUCAAAGUACUCACCCAAGAUCUCCUCUGCCACGACAAACGUAUUAUCGCCUGCCGUAGCGAUUUGCUUUAACUCCGUAUUAUUAUCUUUACUUCGUUUUUUUUAUAUAGACCUUUAAAUACCUUGUUUCUCUUAGCCAAACUAGCAAUGCGAUUGAUAUGGUACUCUGAAGGAACAUUUUCUUAACACUCCAUUUUUAUAUUUAACAACUAGGGUCUGAACUUCAGCAUUCACGCGGAUGCAGCUUGGGGAGGAUAUUUCUGUAGCAUGCUGCGCGCGCAGCCUGAGAGAAGUCCGACGCCAACAGCCAAAGAAGCAGGAUUUGUUCCAGAAUUGUACCUUAGCUCCUACGUCCAUGAACAGUUAUCAGCUCUCCAUUAUUGUGAUACAAUCACUGUUGAUCCCCACAAAUCUGGCUUCUGUCCGUAUCCUGGUGGUACAAUCUGUUAUAGAGACAAAAGGAUGAACUCAUUUCUGUCAAUCAACAGUAAGGUGCCCUACCUCCAUGGAAAGACGAGUCUUGGCGACGUUGGCAUCGAGGGAUCCAAACCUGGGGCAGCUGCUGUGGGGGUGAUGAUGGCAAACAGGGUAACCAUUUAGGACUGUUUUUCUUUUACUAAUUUAUUUUAAAAAACCAGCCCAUUUUUCUUAGAUGUUGCCAUCCGUCUGUUCCAGGAGACAAUGAAGUCUGCGCCUAGGUUAGUCUGUGGUUGAGUUGCAGCGCCUGCUUUGGCUGUACAGUCCAAUUCUGGAUCGGCAGGCUCAGUUGCAGUUGCUACAGAUGAAUUCCGCGCUUAGCUUUGUGGGUGCUAAUGCUACCCACUGCCGUCUCCCCUCUCUCCUCUUGUCCCACUGCUCCUCUCUCCUCUUCUCACUUGUCUAAAUUCCUGCCUUGAUAGCAAGCCUCCAGAGACUUCGGUCUGCAGCUACAGAUUUCCAAUCUGCUGGGUUGACAUUUCCUUCCUUCAGAUCACGUUUAAAAACGUUUUUGAAGCAAAGGGUAGGCCAUCCUGCAGGUCUAAUUCUAGUGGCAAGCUCGCUGUAGGGUAUGUCCUUGGGAAUUCUUCAGUCCUCUAUAGUGCUGACGUGGCCAGGCUAGCGCAGCCGUCUCUAUUUGAGCAAGGCGAACAUGCUAGGUACUCCCGCCUGUGCCAGGAAAUCCUUGUUUAGGACACGUUCUUCCCAGGUGAUGUCCAAAAUCCUUUUGAGGCAGCGCAGGUGGAAGAUGUUGAGUCUACGCUCUUGACAGGAGUAGAGGGUUCAGGUCUCGCUGCCGUAGAGCAGUGUGCUGAGCACGUGGGAGUGGUACAACUUCGUCUUGGUGCUAAUGGUCAACAAGGUGUUGUCCCAGACCCUCUUUCCAAGGUGUGCCAGUGCUGCUGCUGCUUUGACGAUCCGUUGGUUCAGUGCGGUGUCCAGGGAGAGGCUACUGGAGAUGGUGGAGCCUAGUUAAAAAAAGUUCUCCACAACCUCAAGAGUGCAGUCGCCAAUGGAGAUGCUUGGCAUGCUGCUAACGUCUUGGCCAAGGAUGUUAGUCUUCUUAAGAAUGACGAUGGGACCAAACUCUUUACAAGCGUGUGCGAAGCAGCUGAUGAGUAGCUGUAGAGCAUCCUAAGUGUGUGCGGUUAGGGAAGCUUCGUCUACAAACAGCAUCUCUCUUAUCCCUUUUCCUUCAAGUUCAGCGGAGCCACGAUUUGGAACAUGCUUCCCCUGGACCUGAGGAGCGAGCAGCGAGCAUGAUAUUGAAAAGUUCAAGUCUGGCCUCAAAAGGCAUCCCUUACUUUUGAUAUACUAUUGUAUUUUAGUAAAAGCCAACUAGUGGUCUAUUAUCAAUGCUGCGUUCCGAUUGGUUGAGCUACUACUAGGCUAUAUGUUAUAGCCUACUAGUAGCGAAAAGCGCCGGCUUUGAAAACCAGGACAAUGGCGGCUGAAUAGCGUUUUGCUUGCUAAAGUUGUUUUGUCUCGAUAUUUUUGACCAACUAGUUGGAUUUUACUAAAACAAUUAUUUCUCUCGCCCUCAUGGCCUCUGAGUUAAUAGCCCACUCAGCCUUCGGCCUCAUGGGCUAUUGACUCAGAGCCCAUUCUGGCAUCUCUGACUAAAUAAGGUCAAUAAAAUAAAUGAAUAAAUAAAUCAUUAACUUACGCACCUUGGCCUUUGCUUGGAGGCGUGCAAGGUUGAAGAGGUGUGGAUUUAGGGAGAAAAAGGUGUCGAAGAGUUCGGGAACGAGUACGCGCGCAGCCCUGUUUCACUCUCCUCUUGAUUAGAAAGGGGUCCGAGGAUGAGCCGUCGUACUGGACGGCACCUUGCUAGUCUUCAUGGAAAGACGCGAUCAUCCUUACGAGCUCCGGGGACAUCCAAUCCUCUGCAGAAGAGUGAAUAGGUCUUUCCUGAUGACUAGAUCCAAGGCCUUAGUCAGGUCAAUACAAGCGAUGUAUAGGGGCUUGCUAUGCUUGCGACAUCUUUCCUACAGCUGCCUCAAUGAAAAGAUCACGUCCAUUGUUGAUCUUCCUGCGCUGAGCCCGAACUGCGUCUCAGGAUACACCCGUUCUGAUAACGUCUGCAACCCGUUCACCGCUACAUGGGCAAAGGCCUUCCCACCGUCGGCUAGCACAUCCUCGGAGACCCAGGGGCAGUCAGUCGGGCCGGGAGAAAAGGCCCGACGAAAGUUUUCAAGCACUGGCGGAAGAGCCCUUGGGUACCGACUCUCACCGGACCAUUUCCAAACGGUCAAGCGAAUGCUGGCUCCUGAUUGGGCACAAAAAUGCUUUGUAUUAUUGUGCCCAAUCGGCGAACAGUUUUCCUCAGUUCUUGUCGUGAGUUCGUACACUUGUCCAGCUUGUCAUUUACAUUUUCAGACAUGUCAAGCAGCGUUCAUUGAGUAGUGUAUAGAUCGUAAAUAAAACUAUCCUUGUCAAAAUUCUUGGAGCUCCGUAUUUAAUGGUGUCAUGAUGCGAUUUUGGUGAUUUAGGGCCACGAGACCUGUGUACGAAGCACACCGGAUAAUGGUCACUUGGUCCAUAUAUGGGGACAUAUAUGGGCUUUCGAUGAUUUGUUCAGGAUGCGUAACAUAAACAUGAUCUAGCAGCGGAACCGAACAUCGGGUAACUCUUGUUGGGGUGGAAGCAGAUAUUAUCUGUUCCAUCCCUGCAUCUUGGAAUAUUGUGGAUAGCCUACAGGACCCUUUAACCGUUAUCAGGUCAACAUUGAAGUCUCCAACCACAAAUUAUUUCGUUAUAUGUGCUCGUAGAAACGUCUAUCAUUUUCUCCAGGGACAUACAGAAAUCAGGAUUUGAGUUUGGCGAGCGGUAGAUAAUAAUAAAAAAAUCUUUGUCCCCAAACGAUGUUGCUUGGUCUCUAAGCAAAGAUGUUCGAAGUAAGUUGUAGAUGGAUCCAGCAGGUGUAUCCUAUGGUAGUGAACAGCACAGCUAACAUACAUGGCAACACCACCGCCUCUUAUCAAGUCACUCAGAUCACAGCGGUGAAUUUGAUAAUUCUGUAGAGCAAUCUCGCAGUCUGAGGAGGGAUAUUCCACGAUAGUUGUUGCAGUGGCUGCAGUCUUCCUUUUUCGUGUAGAGCGUGAUGAUGUUGGUGUCACGUUACUGUUCCUCCCCGCACUGUAGCAGGAGGUCGUGCAGAUGAUGAAGGAGAGCAGUGUUCUUGCCAGCCUUGAUGACCUCUGGUGGGAUAUCGUCGUUGCCUAGUGCUUUAACGCAGGCUAGACCGUUGAUUGCUUUGCGGAGUUCGUCUACUGAGGGUGGACCGUCAAAAUCUUCCAUGACAGGCAGGAGGAUAAUACUCUCAACUGCUGCGUCAGUGACGAUAUUCUCCCUUGAGUAGAGCUCUUGGUAGUGUUCUCCUCAUCUCUCUAUCUGUUUCGCCCAGUCUGUAAUGAUGUCACCAGCAGAUAACUUCAAGGGUGCAGUUUUGGUGGCGCUUAGACCGAAGGCUUUCUUUAUGCUAUCAUACAUGGUGCGGAUGUUCCCGCAGUCAUCGGAUAGUUGGAUGCUACGACAGAGAUUCAGCCAGUUGUCGUUGGCACGGCGUCGAGCGAUUCGUUGGACAUCGUUCCUGGCCUUCCUGAGUGCAAAGAGUGUCUAAUCGAAGGGUCUCGAGCAGUGCUGCUCGCUUCGCCGCAAUUGCUGGCUCGAAUUCGGCAAUGCCAGCUUCAAAUCAGUCUGCGUUCUGCCGCUUUCUAUUGCCGAAGGUGUCCAUGGUUGAUUUGUAGGUAGUGACACGGAUGUGGUUCCAUCUUUCUUCAGCGCUUGUUGUGUGGCAGUCCCUCAGGGCCUCUUCAGUGAAGUCGGCGGAGCCCUCACACAGGUCUCGGAUUGCUGUCCUGGCUGUGGUGAUGCGUGGGCGUCCUUUCUGUGUGGAGCGGUGGACUCGUUUGGGUUGAAGACGCACCUUGCUGCCAACUAGACAGUUGUCGGUGUCACAGUCAGCGCUGUGGUAACUGCGGGUACUGAGGAUGCAGUUGAGAAGGGUCUUCGAGUGAUAACAAGAUCCAGCUGGUGCCAGUGACUGGAUCAGGGGUGCUGCCAAGAUACUCUGUGGCUAAACGUGGUUGAGAAUAAGGUGUUGGUUAUGCAGAUGUUGUGGGAAGAGCACAGCUACAAUAGUCUCUGACCGUCCUCGUUCAACUUGCCGACGCCAAAGUGGCCGAUGCCGCGGGGUCAAGAGUCGUGGUCAGCUCCCACUCGGGCGGUGAGGUCCUAGAGCAAGAACAGGUAUUACGUGGCAGGAAUCUCUCUGAUGGUUGUCUCUAGUUCCUAAUAAAACUCAUCCCUGACCUCGGCUGAAGAGCAGAUUGAUGGAGCGUAAAUGCUCGGGAUGAUCACUGGGUCUGAGGAGGUGGAGAAGCGAGGAGAGAGAAUACGGGCUGUGCCUUUGGAUGGUGCAGCUUUAUAGGGGAAAGGAGAGAAUUUAUCACUGCAAAUACAACGCCCAGCAACCUUGGGUCCUCUGGUUCCUUCCCUUGUCAAAAGAAAGUGUAGUCCUGUUAUCCGAGGCUGCCGUCUGAUGGGAUUCUAGUCUCCUGCAGUGCAGCUAUGUCGAUAUUGAGCCUUUGAGAUCAAAAGGCUUUCCCCUAAGCUUCAAGCACGUAAUGAAUCAGGCAGACUGUGGCGAGUAAUCACCUUACUGGCUGGAGGGUGCCCAGCUUGAGGCGGGUGAUAGCUGACCGGUGGGACGCGAUGAUCCCUCCCACCGUCGGAGGCAACCUGUAGCGCACGGACCUACGCCAGUAGGCCUGGACGUAUGACCCGUAACUGCUGCCUCCCGUGUUGGGGAGACUGAGAUGCCCAGUCGUCAGGAUCCACCUCUCGGCCUCACUGAUGUAGUCCAAAGGAGAGCAGAGCAAAAUAUUUGGUACCAGCUUGACUACCGGAGCUGUUGGCAGGUAAUCAUGUUCCCAAUGAACCGCCUUAGGGGCUCCUCUCCGGAUUUCUGCAGGGUUUACUCCUUAGCCUUUCCUCCUCCCAGAUAUUCCACAAGGCAGCGGAGCUAUACUCCAAUGGCCGGGGCACGGAUGCUGGAACCCUAGGGCUUUCAUGGACCAAGGAUCUUUGCCCUCCCAGUCUGUCCAUCACCCCUGGACACCUCGAGGGUGUUACCUCAGACUUACGCCUUGUCCUAGAGGAACUGCGUGCCAUGGUUGCCGAGCUUCAUCUGCCCGAGUUUCGAAAUGAGAAAUUUCCUUCUCCUAGGCAGAUUUAUUUACAACCAGGGUUGAGGGCUCAGCCUAGGCCUGCGCAGCCCAGUUAUCCGGUCGGGCACCCGGUGGCGCCACAAUAGCAGUCUCCGCGAGAACGGGGAAUCUCCUUGUAGGCGCGGCUGUGGACACGUUUUUGAAGCCUUAGAAAUAGCCUUACAAUGAUAGCCUUAGUACCUGGCAAGCCAGCCGGUGGCUACGCGGCGAUCACUACACUAUGGAAAUGAGAAGUUUUUGAAUGCAAGUCACUUUCCGGAUGAGCGAGACGUCCAGCACAAGACCUCACCAGACCCCACCCAAUCUCUAUUAUCACGUUAUUUCAUGCAUUUAUCCAAGCAGACAUUUCAUGUAGUGUUUCAUUUGCCACAAAAAGAAUAUAAGCUGUUUCUCAACUGCUUGUCCUUACAAUGGCAUAGUUUUCCUUAUUUCGUUUUCUUAUUUUCACAGGUCAUUGGUCUUCACGGUUACCGUCGUAUCCUGGCUUUGUGCAUGUUUACGUCAAAGAUCCUGUACUGUCAGUGGGCAACACUAGCCAAAGAGGACGACAUUUUUGUUAUUAAAACAACAAAACCAUUAUCCAAUAUGAAUAACUGGUCAGAUGAGGAGCAUAUCAAAUUUAUUAGGGGACGAAUUCUGGGAAAAAGCAACAAAGAACUUGCGCGGGUAAAUCUUUUAACCUGUUAAACUGUAUUGCUUUAUUUUUGUGAUUUAAUUCCGUACCGACGCAGCAAUGCUAAUACUGUUUCAACUUGUUUGUCGUUUAGGAUGAUGAGGCUAUGACUUACCUUGAAGAAGUGGGUCCUGACACCUUGAUACCGUGUUUCUCUGUAAACUUGAAAGGAAACGAAAGCGUUGAAGUGUGCAAUGCAAUCAACACAUCGAUCUUCGAAAGCCUCAGUCACACAUCAGGGGAACAUACAGCGCUUCGUAUUCCAAUGCUUGUUACCUCUUCAAGUCUAGUGUCCCACGUCCACAGUGUUGCAGCUACAAAUUUCAAGAAAAGAUUAGGGGUAAAAUGUCAUUAAACUUAUGACACUGCGUUGAAACUGUGUUAAAAACUAACGGACAUUAUAUUGUUACGGGAAUUCGUUAGACUUUACCACAUAGGCGGUUUGAUAUAUUUUUAUCCUAACCAGUCAUGCUUAUUGCCAUCGGUUAAACACUGCCUAACUAUUACGUAAAUAUCAGGUUAGCGUCGUCGGUUUUAUCCAGGAUUGGAUUGGCUAGAAGAGAGAAAAAUCUUGGGGGUCAUCUUUCAGGAAAUUUUGAAUAUUUGAAGAAUUGGUGAUGUUUUUUUAAACCGCACCGAUGAAAAGUGAAAAGAAAUAUGCGCGUCUAACAUUUCGUUACUUAGCACUAUAAUAUGUAUUGAAUUUAUACUGUCAUAUGAUUAACUGAGUGCCUUUUUUUCGCUAACUGAUUUACACUUAGUUCCCUUUUUUCCCUCCUUGAUCCAGCUUAACUCAAAUAACGACACGCCAGUCAAAUACGUCAUUACAACCUGCAUGGAUCCCUGGGCCACAUCAACAGAGUUCAUGGAGCGCAUGGCUUCUAUCAUGAGAAAUAGUAUUUUGUGCGCCGUUGGAAGGGUAAGGGCAAACUCAGAUGUAAUCAAAUUGCAAGUGCUUCAUUAUACGUAAAGUACGGCUUAGAACGUACAGAUGUGUUGCCUUUGAGACAAUAUAUUAGAUCAUUAAAAUUCAAUUAAGGUGCAUGGCUUAAUCUAUUUAUUUGCGGUUUGGUCAUGUUUUUAUAGAUCGCGAUUUCCAUGUCAAGGCAUUGUGCAAAGUUGAAAUGACUGUAUCAUUUUUAUUUCACUAAGCAAAUUGAUUUACACGUUUUUAUUCUCAGUUAGUCCCCAAGUGGCAAACUAAUCCUGUGACAAUGUAAAAACAAAGCCAGAAAACUUGAAUAUAUUACCAAGCAAAAGGUUUUGAUUACAUCAUUUAACGAAGUUAGGCAAGAAUCUGUUGUAUGGUUUUAAAAUUACUGGUAUCUUUUUGUACAAAUAAGGUAUUCAAUAUAUGAUGAUAUCUGAAACGCUUUCUUUCCUGAGGGAGAGUAAAUAUAUAGGUUAUUAAAGUUCCCACACUCCCCAUAUUAUCUAGCUAGGCUACCAUUUUCAAAAUCGUCUUUAGUUGCAUAUUGCAUAUAAAAUGGAUUCAGUAUAAUAGAGCGGUUUCACACGCCAUCACUGCGGCCAUUUUUGUGUGCCAAAAUCGAUGAUACGGCGGCCAUAUUGGUGUUCCAAGCUUAUCCUGUGGGAGUUGAUAUCUUUUCUUCUAUGCUGAUCACGUGAGUGAAACGCUCUAAUACUCAGGUGGUUGUAGAGUUUCGCGCGCUCUGAUUGGUCCAGGACCACCUCGUCUACCCCAAUAAUCACCAGGCGAGUGAGGUUAUAUUGUAGCCAUUUCUGAUGAUUGACUCUGUGUACCAGAUCGACCGCCGAAUACAAUGAACUUAAAAGCCUGGAUUAAUUUAGUUUAGAACGGUUAAUACAAUAUGCCUGAACACCUUGGAAGUUUAUGUAUUCCUUACAAAUCCUGAAUAGAGGAUGAAGAGGUACGAGUUUUAAUUCGUAACUCGUAACUAGUAUCUCGUAUCUCGUUUUAACUUGUACUUAAGAGUACAAGUUAAGUUGCAGAUUGGCAGCCGUACAUCAACGAUGUAUCAAUUUAUGUCGAUCUCUCCUGUUAGGUUACUGAUCCUAUUGCACUCCACAACUUUGUCAGCACGGGUGUUGUCAAUGAACAGAAUGAAGUGAUCGCCUAUUAUGUAGGAGACUUUAAGAGAGUCCCGAAACAGUACGAAGCGAUUGUUAAGUUAAAAUUCAUGUGCGACAAAGACGCCCAGAAGUACAUCACGACACAGAAAAUGCUGUUAAAGUGUAAUGUUCCUCAACCAAUUGUCUUUCGAAGCAAAAAGCAAAGACUUUAUGACGUCUUCUUCAAGAAUACAGGGUACUCCGGUGAACUGGAAAAGUUCGACUGUUUCAUUGGCCUUCCUUCUGAUAACAGCAACCAUCCAUUUAUGAGCCCAAGCAUGAAAAUCAUGGACGUUCCACGUUACAAUCAUUUUGACAACCACGAAUUCCCUGAGCACAGUUCGUACUUUAUGUACGGAGACAAGGAAAAUGUGUUUUUGUUCCACAUCCCUACCAAGAGUCUUGACUUCUUUCAGGUAAUAACGCUUUGUUAA